CGACUUUGGCACGGGAGAAGUCUAGAGGAUCGAGCCAGAGUUAAAGACGAGCGCGUGCGCGUCUAGAAUUUGACAGAAACUCGCCUAUUCUUCCAACACAUCAUUUAACUGGCUUAGAAUUUCGACUAUUCAUUUGCGAGUGCUCAAAUUUGCUUCUCCCCUAUCACAAGGACACUACUCAAAUGGGUCGAAUGACGGCAUUUGAUUGAUCGUCAGAAUAUUAAUCGAGACGACGGCUGGCGUGUAAAGAUACCGAAAAUUAAGAAUUUCAACUUCCCCCUUUAAAACCAAAACAAAACAAAAACAAAAAAAAACAUGGCGGAUUGGUUGGUUCAUUGGAUUGUCUUGUCCUUUUGUCUGAUGCGCUUGUCUGGCGCAAUUCAAGCCGUCGAUGAAAUAAUGACUAGCCAGCAAGAAAAACACGGCGACAAAUUGGAGACGGCCAACGCGACGGAAGUCAACAUUGGACGCGUCGACAUCCUACCCACGUCGUCGACUACGCGGGAAGGAGCGACAACAAAGUCUCACAAUUUGAUGGCACUGCUCAACCCUUUUUCUACGACAUUGGCUCGUAGCGACGAGACGGCCAGUCCAACGGCGCAAACUGUAAUUGUCUCAGUGACGGGCACGGCCGUCACGACGACUUUGAAUGGCACCGAAUUGGCAGACGCAACGGAAUCGACGAUCAUUGCGACGCAACUGCCAUCGACGGCCAAAAGUAUCACAUCAUCCGAAAUGACGGCGACUGUGCGGACGUAUGCGGAUGCUGAAUCGUCCGCAGAAUCGUUCGACAGCGCGGAAUUUUUAUCUUCCACGCCAGAUCCAGCGACGACGACUUCCGUUUCAAAGUUGGCGCCCUUCCCAACUUUGGCCAUCCGACCUUCAACGGCCGAUGUUAAAAACAGCAAUCUUCUUCCAUCGGCUACGCUUUCUCCCUUUUGGCCUUGGAUGCUGUUUAUCAUCAACGGCAAUGCAACGGUGGCUAAUCGUCGACAGCGCGACCUGGGCACCUACCUGCGUCUCAACCUGGCCGCCCGUCUCGACGCCGAUUACAACGACGUUGCAAUCAAUCGCAUUCUUUUGACGCCGCAAGCCAUCGUGGCCAACAUCAGCGUCGAACCGUCCCAUCUAGUGUACGGCGGGACGGGCGCCGCUGGACUAGAAGCUCUGGGUCAGGGCAACGUGACUCUAUUGGAGCUCUCGGGUCACGAGUUUCAAGUCGAUCGCAUCAUCCGUUUCGACGAAGUUGUCGAUCAAAGAGGGAUGAUAAGUAGCAUGGAGAUGUCGUCUAUGGUGGCGACAGUGGGCUCAGAAGUGACAGUGUACGGUGCCGUUGGGGCCGUCUUCCUCUUUUUGCUGGUGGCUCUCCUGCUCGGCCUGUCGUUCAGCAGCCCGUGUAAAGCCGGCGAUAACAGUAAAUACCUGUCCAGUAACAACCUCGGCUACGACAGGGAUCAGAUGGAUAGCAAUUAUUCAGACGGCUUUACGGAGUGGAACCUGUCGACGAUGGAAUUGAUGCCCGACCCACCCCCGGUCAUUUACACGGAACAGUUGGCGCGCGAUAUUGAAGGCGAUGCGGUGCUACAGUUGAAACAUCCCAGCCAUUUCAUACCGUUGUCCAGCAGGAGAAUGUCCCUACCGAACGUCACGAUAGGCGAAUUUCAUCAUCAUCAGCGUAAUCAUCCAUCAGAUGAAUUGCUGAAAUUCCAUCACACCGAUAACAGCCAAUCCCAAUACAGCGCAUGAAUCAUUUAUCCCAUUUUGUUAUUUAUUAUUAUUUUCGCUUCGUUGAUGUUUCCGAUCAAUUGAGCUUUUCCCCAUGCAAAUAGACGAUUCCCCCCUCCUUUGUUUUCAAUUGAUGUAUGAUACAUAAUGUAAUACUAAAUAUUAUAUAACAUCAUUCUAGAGUUCAAUUAACCCUGUCAUCUUCCGUAAAACGUUUCUUUAGCGAAAAUUGAAUGUGAAAAACUGGCAAGUUUCACGACUCUAUUCUCGUUGUUGACUGCCCCGAUGUUCCAUUUCAAUGUCCUCCGCUACACGAAUUUACCCCCUCCGUGCACACAUGAUUGUGUCUGCAGAUUAGGCUUUACGAUAUCGUCCUGUACAUUUCAGCAUAUUAUUUUACUAUAUCAAUACAACUUCCUCGAGUUAUCUCUC